UGUAACUUACUUUGACACCCUCAAAAGAGACUUUUGCGAUGUCCUUAUAACUGAAGAAGGUACAGACACGGCCACUUUUUUGGAAGCAACUGAAGGAGGAUUAGAAUUUACUUCUGUAGCUUUACGUCGUUCGAUUAACGAGACAACCGAAGAACUUUCUGUUUCUUUUACAAAUGCAUAUGGUGUUACUUUGAAACCAUUCCAUAGUUAUUUGGUUCGCCCUGUGUUCUCGCUUGCUAUGAAAGCCUGCCCGUAUCGUGUUGAAUUUUACAAAAAGCUUGGUGAUGAUCAAGCAAGGGUUUAUGAACUAUAUGAACGUUGGUUAACUGCUCUCGAACGAAUUGUUGCCAAGCUAAACUGUUUUUAUGAGCAAGGUGGUCAUGAUAAAGGAUUUUAG